AUGCUAGUAAGGAAACGAUACAGGCAUGGACCAUGCAAACUGCAGUUCCUGGUGUUGCUCCUGAUGCUGGGAUGUGUGCUGUUGAUGGUGACCACGCUGUACCCUCCUUUGCAGACCCUGCAGCAGGCAAGCACAGCCCAGACCUGUGGGCACAGCCCUGAGGCUGGGUACCGCCUGGACUUUGGGGAAUCCCAGGAAUGGGUACUGGAGGCUGAGGAUGAGGGCCAAGAGUACAGCCCGCUGGACGGCUUGCCCCCCUUAAUCUCACUGCAGGAGGAUCAGCUCCUGGUGGCUGUGGCCUCACCUAGGGCCAAAAGGAACCAGAGCCAGGGCAGGAGAGGUGGGAGCUACCGGCUCAUUAAACAGACAAGUAAGAGGCAGGACGAGGAGACCUCAGAGAGGGACUGGGGGGCCGAGAAGGAAGAUGGGGAGGUCUCUGAAGAAGAUGAACUUACUCCACUCAGUCUGGACCCUCAAGGCUUCAAUGAGGUGCUCAGCCUCCAAAUCCCUCUGCAAAGGACCCUGCCUGAGGUGCGGCACCCAAAGUGUCUACAGCAGCACCCUGGGGAUAGCCUGCCCACAGCCAGUGUCAUCCUCUGCUUUCAUGAGGAGGCCUGGUCCCCCCUACUGAGAACUGUGCACAGCAUCCUUGACACAGCACCCAGGACCUUCCUGAAGGAGAUCAUCCUAGUGGACAACCUCAGUCAACACGGACAGCUCAAGUCGGCUCUCAGCGAAUAUGUGGCCAGGUUGGAGGGUGUGAAGUUGCUCAGGAGCAAUAAGAGGCUGAGUACCAUCCAGGGCCGGAUGCUGGGGGCCACCAGGGCCACAGGCGACGUGCUGGUCUUCAUGGACUCCCACUGCGAGUGCCAGCCAGGCUGGUUGGAACCUCUCCUCAGCAGAAUAGCUGCUGACAGGAGCCGGGUGGUGUCUCCAGUCAUAGAUGUGAUCGACUGGAAGACUCUCCAGUAUUACCCAACCAAGGACCUGCAACGUGGGGUGUUGGACUGGAAGCUGGAUUUCCACUGGGAGCCCCUGCCAGAGCAUGAAAAGAAGACCCUCCAGUCUCCCAUCAGUCCCAUCAAGACCCCUGUCGUGCCGGGUGGAGUCGUGGCGAUGGACAGGCAUCACUUCCAAAACACGGGAGCUUAUGACCCUCUCAUGUCACUGCAGGGUGGUGAAAACCUCGAACUAUCUCUCAAGGCCUGGCUCUGUGGUGGCUCCGUUGAGAUCAUUCCCUGCUCUCGGGUAGGGCAUGUCUACCGAAAUCAGGAUGCCCAUUCCCUCCUGGACCAGGAGGCUACCCUGCGGAGCAAAGUUCGCAUUGCAGAGACGUGGCUGGGGUCAUUCAAAGAAACCUUCUACAGGCACAGCCCAGAGGCCCUCUACCUGAGCCAGGCUAAGAAGCCAGACUGCACGGAACGCCUCCAGCUGCAAAGGAGACUGGGGUGUCGGAUGUUUCACUGGUUCCUGGCCAAUGUCUACCCAGAGUUGUACCCAUUGGAACCCAGGGCCAAAUUCUCUGGAAAGCUCCACAGCACUGGACUUGGCUUCUGUGCAGACUGCCUGGCAGAAGGGGACACCCUGGGCUGUCCCAUGACUCUAGUUCCUUGCAGUGACAGCCGGCAGCAACAGCACCUGCAGCACACCAGCAGGAAGGAGAUACACUUUGGCAGCCCACAGUACCUGUGUUUUGAUGUCCAUGAUGAGCAGGUGAUUCUACAGAACUGCACUAAGGAAGGUCCUGUCAUCCAGCAGCAGCACUGGGAUUUCCAGGAGAAUGGAAUGAUUGUUCAUAUCCUUUCUGGACAAUGCAUUGAAGCUGUGGUGCAGGAAAACAAUAAAGCCUUGUAUUUGCGCCCAUGUGAUGGAAAAGCCAGUCAGCUGUGGCGAUAUGACCAAAUCAAUGCUGUGGAUGAACGAUGA